GCAGUCAAAAAGUGUAAUGUGAUAGGUAUGUUUAGAAUUAAUAUGGGUAAGAGUGACUUUUAAGACUUAGUAGGUCUCAUAUUAUGACACUCGAUCCAUUUGAACACCCUGAUGCGCCAUUUGAUUAUGAAGCAUUUCUUACUGGCUAAUUUUCACAAAUUCUCCUUCGGGAUUGAACGGAAUAGCGUAAGACUUCUAAUGGACCAGUGUCAUAAUAUGGUACUAAUUUUGAAUGUCAAAAAGAUCAGCCUCAUUAGUAUUAAUUAAUUAUAAGAAGUAUUAUGGAAAUUUGCAUAUCGUUGGAGUAUUAUUAUUGGAUUGCAGGAUGUAUUUGUAGCGGGUAGCGACACGUCUGCCUCAACGAUAGUGUGGACGAUGACAGAGCUCAUGAAAAACCCAAACACCAUGAGAAAAGCUCAGUCAGAAGUGAGGCAACUCCUCAAGGGAAAACAGAGAGUCAGCGAGAGUGAUCUUCCCAAUCUGGACUACUUGAAAAUGGUGCUCAAAGAGUCCUUCAGACUCCACCCGCCGGCGCCGUUGCUCGUGCCCCGGGAAACCACCGGCAAUUGCACGGUCGGCGGGUACGAUAUCCCGGCGAAGACGCGCGUCUUCAUCAAUGCCAUGUCCAUCGGGCGGGAUCCGCGGACGUGGGAGAAUCCCUCCGAGUUUCGGCCGGAGAGGUUCGAGGACGGCGGCGUUGACUUCAAAGGCACGCAUUUCGAGCUGAUACCGUUCGGAGUGGGACGGAGGGGCUGUCCCGGCAUAAACUUCGCGGUGCCGCUGGUGGAGCUGGCGCUCGCGAAUCUUCUGUACCCGUUUGAUUGGCGGCUGCCGGCCGGAGUUGGGGAUGUUGAUAUGGAGGAGACCUUUGGGAUCACGGUGCAUAAGAAAACUCCCCUUUGCUUGCUAGCUUUCCUUUCCCCUUCGCACACAUAAAACUAAUGCUCAUAUCUUUAGUGUUCUUUGUUCAAAUUGUAUGUAAAUUGAGCUAAGGUUCUUUUGGCACUUUUGACACCAAGGGUAAGUGUAUAAUAUGACACCGAUCUAUUUGGUGAACCACGUUAAAUCUGUAUGUCUUUACGUUUUCUGUUUACUUUGAUUACUCGAUUACUUUAUUCCGUAAUAACACCCAUGAAUGGUG